GUGGAGAUGAUGGGAACGUAUGAGAGAGGGGUAGUCCAGGAGGGCCUCUCCUAGGUGGCAGCACUGAAACUCGAUCUAUGGGAUGAGAAGCAGCCACAGUCCUAGACAAGGUGCCUGAACCUUCUAGGCUGAGGGACCGGCAGGCUACGUGGGUGCAACCUGACCCCUGGGGGGAGGGGCUCAGGAAGGCUGAUUUGAUGGGAGCCGAAAGCAUGGGGCAUGCGAUCAGAUGUGAAACUGCGCUCGGGGUCCAGUCACACACGGUCUUCACAGGCCAUGGUGAAAAGUGGAAAUAUUUUGCCAAAGCAUUUUUAACUAGGACUGACUGAAUCUGAUUUAUAGCUCUCGCAAAUUUUUCUGACUGUUGGUAGGUAAUGGAUGGAUGGUUGAGCAAGAGUGGGAGCAGGGAGACUGGUGAGGGGAGGCAGUAGUCCUGAUGCCUGCUCUCAAGGGCUCCAGGAUAGGAGUGCAGUAAAAAGGAAGGAGGCAGCAGACAGAUUGGGAAUAUAUGCUGGAGACAGAACUAACUGCGUGCACUUUCCUCUCAACCCUGAACACAAAGGUAACUGAUAGCCAGCCUGGAACCUGAUGAUUGCUCAAUAAAUGUCCAAAAGCAGGUGGAUGGGAGGUCAGCUGUUUACUUGCUCUGUCUCUGUUUUCAUUAUUCACAAAACAUCAUGAAAGACAAAGACUAUUCCAACCAACCAAAUAUCAAGAAGCUUUUUAGUCACCAGAAAAAAACUACGCCCCCUUUAUUUUGCUGCCCUCACCAGCUCCCAGUUAUGCCAUGCCAUUAGUAAGCCAUGCAAGUACUAAUUUGGCAAAAUGCUGUACUCAAUCUGAGUGACAUUAAUGAUAAUUUAUCAGGGGCUUACUACAUGACAGGUGUUAUGCUAAGAACUUCAUGUAUGCAAUCUUCUCCAACCUUACAACUACCCUGUGAGAUGGGAUUAUUUUUAUUUUAGAGAAGACCUCUGAAAAUCAGAGGUCUGAAGGUUUUGCCCAGGUCACCAUAUUAGUGAUGAGUAGAGUCUACAUUUGAAAUUAGGUCCGUUUCUUUCAAAGUACAGGCUUUUACUCUACGUGUGGUGCUGCUGUUUCUAUUAUUUCUAUUUUUCUGAAUUUCAUACAACAUUCCAUGAACACCUAGAUUCUCUCUCAUUAUUGAAAUCAACCUUUCCUUUAUGUUGAGUAAACAACUCCAAUCUGCUUGGUAUCUGGUAAGAAAUAGGUCAGAAUGCUUAGUGAACUGAGAAAUGAAGGUAGUGUAGCUGUCCAAAAAAAAAAAAAAAAAAAAAUCAGAGGCAAAGACAGAAAUAGUAAAAUAUAUUUGAGAUGAGUGAUAUUGCCUACAGAUGUAGCCUUGGAGGUGGUGAUGUCAUGAGGAGGACAGAGAGAAAAAGACUGUCCAGGUCCUGGCAUGAGGUCCGUAUGACGCACUCUGCUCCUCCUGAUAGAGGGCCACAUCAUUAUUUUUAAAAAAGCAGACUAGUUACCAUUCCCUUUAUUUAACCAAGGUGAGUACAGGAGACUAAAAUGUGUGGGAUGCAUGCUGGGGACCACACGAGGAGCAUUACAGAUUCCUCGUGUAAUUUCCCCACAGCCCUCCAAGGCCAGUAUUGUUACCAUCCACCGACUGCAGAAAUGAAAGUGGGGAUGGAGGAAGUCUCAGGAAUGGACCUGUCAUCCACAGGGAAAUGGUGGGAGAGACUCCAAGCCAGGCCUGCCUUCAUCCCAAGGCCACACUCUUCCUGCCACACCAUGCCACACCUACUCUUGCAUGCUCAGCCCGAGACACGCUAACAAACAGCAAACUCCUUUCCUGCUCCUUGGGACCUUGCAGACCACUCCCAUUCGAUUUAUAAGGGGAACAGGUUGUCCUUCACUUUGUUUUCAUCUUUGUAAUUAUUAUAGCACUUAGGGAGAGGAGAAGACCUUUCUUUUCUUACUAGAGCCAUUUAUUGUCCUGGAUACUGCUUACCUCUCAGCGGGUUUUACAGAACCUACGGUGUUCUGCUGAAAAGAUUUUAUAUAAAGGCAGUGUUCUUUCCCCAUGAGAGAACUGCAUCCUUUUAAGAGCUGAAUUUUUUAUUUUGAUUGGUUCACUAUUACAAAAGAAGUGCAACAUUUUUCCUCUUCACAUAUUGCUUUUGAGAUAGGUCUUUGUGUCUACGCAAGGGUUUUUAUGAUGUGACAAAAUCUACAUCAAUGUAUUUAAUAAUGUUCUCUUUAAGAGACUCAGCUCCUGAAAGAUUAUCUUAUAUACUUUUUACAUCCAUUUGGAAUAUUAGAAAAUGUAAGUGAUCUCAGGCACUUGAAUUUGGCUUCUAAAACCAAGGCCCUUGACAGAGAGAGAACACAGAUUUUUGGAAGUCCAAGUUCGGGACACCAUCAGGGUCAGGUUCCCGCGAGAGCUGUCUUUCUGCGUGCAGAUGGCUGCCCUCUCGCCUAUGCCCUGUGGGGUUUCCUCAGCGCCUGCAUGUACACACACACACACAGAGCUCUCUCUCCCUCUUCUUACAAGGGCACCAAUCCUACUGGAUUAAGCCCUUACCCUGAUGGCCCCAUUUACACUUAGUUACCGCUUAAAAGCUCUCUCUUCAAACAUGGUCAUAUUGGCAGAGAGGGCUUCACGGUAAGACUGUGGGGAGCAGUGGGGGAGGGGACACAAUUCUGUCCCUAGCAGUCACGAGCAGCACUUCAUGCUGUGGCCGCGUACAAGUUUUUGCCAGUUUUUAGAAAACGACCAUGAGAACAUUCCCAUAGUAAACAUUUGGGUAUAUUUAUGAUCACUGUGAAUAUUGGACAAGUUUACAUUUUUUUUUUCUAGAAGGAAACAACUAAAAAGAAAUAGCUCCUGCAUUAACAACCUUGUUUCAUCCCUGUCAUCCUUGUUCUUGGAGGAUUGUGUUAUGUCCUGAAUCAAUCUGUUCAAAUUAAUCAUCUGAAUUUAGGGCCUACGUUUUCCAAUUAGCCAUAAGAAGGGGUUGGGGUGACCCAGGUUCUGUUUUACCUCAGCUCACCUGCAGGCUUCAGCUGGAAACUCUCAUCUUUAGGUUGACGCUAUAGAAAUUAACACAAAUUGGGUAAGUAGUUGACUAAUUGCUACCUCUGUAUUCUGUCAAAAUUAGUGAAUUUUAGUUUGUGUGUAAUAAUAAAAGGAAUUUAAAUGUUUGUUUCUUCACAAAGAAAUUAUAUUUCUCUAGUCGUACAAGAUGUUAAUAAUAGUGAAAAUUGUUUGGGGAUUCUUUUCAUACGCCUUCAGAAAUUUCUCAAGAAUUGAGGUCAGAUGGAACCUUCCUUAUUACUUUUGAUAUUCAUUAGAAUACUAAAUAAGUUAUUUUUCAAAGAAAAUUAUUACUUUAUUUUUAAGAACAGUAUCUGCUUGAUAAAUAUUAAGAUAUUAAUACUAGUAGAGGCCCAUGAAGAAUUUACAAAAAGGAAGGGACUGAACUUAGUUCUUUAGACAUCACAUCCCUCAUAUGUAGUUAUUAAAGAAUAUAAAAUGAAACAAAAAAUGAAUUUAAAUUAGGUCAAAAGAUGAAGAUGACUAUUAACUCAUUAUCCGUGAAAUUACAAAGAAUUACUUACAGAAUAUAACAGGACCCCCACUCCCAACAUCUGUAAAAGGAUACCCCUAUCUUAGAACAGGGGAAAUCCCCCUAGAAUCCUGUAAAUUUCCACAGUGCACUGGGGCUUCCCUUCUGGUAUAAAGGUUGAGGUAGCAGAAAGCAAGAGUGAUAUCCAUCAUGUUAAUACAAAUAUAAUAAAGGACUAUUUUUAGAAAUAAAAACCACAGUUCUUUCUCCUCCUCUUUCUUCUCCUCAAGUCAGUUUACAUUAGAUUAAUACUUUCUAAUUUCUACUGAGAUAAUCCAGUUGGGUCAGUGAUUGAGAGUGAAGAAAUGCAGUAAGACCCUAGAAGAAUCCACUGAAGUAUGAAGCUUUGUUGUAAUAAACUUUAAAUAUUUCCAAGCUAGUAACCAGCUUUGUUAAUAUAAUGUCUUGAGAUUUAUCCUCUCACUCCCCAGAUAAUCCAAUGAGAAAGCCUGAUGGCUCUGGGGAUCGAAGUGAGGCUGAGUGAGGGUAGGAAACAUGAGAAGGGUAGUUCAUGGAACGAUAGGUCAGCAGCCACAGAGGCCAAGUGGUUACAAACAUGGGCUCAUGAGUUAGGCUGUCUGGGUUCAAACUCUCUUGCCUUUGGCAAUUUAGUUGACCUUUCUGUGAGUUUCCUUAUUUGUAAAAUGGAGCUAAUAAAGACCACCUAGUGUAGUUGUUUGAGGAUUACAUUUUUUAUAUUUGUAUUUAUAAAAUAUUUAGAACAGUGCUUGGCAUAUGAUAAGUGCUCCAAAUGUGAUAGGACAGUCGAAACCAUGCUCUGGGCUUUGGGAUAACUCCUUGGUUUGGAGUAGAUAAUCUUGGUGCUUUCUUGAACUAAGGAGAGAAUUACUGAAAUGCCUUUUUCCAGGUCAAUGUAUUUGGAAGUUCCCACACAGUACCUUGGGUGUCUGUAUACACACAGAUACCUACAUUAGAAAAAAAAAAAAAUCUUAAAAACCAACAGAUAUAUGUCUAUCUUUCCCAUUAGCCAUAUAUUUUUACCCUGACAAUGCCUUUGGAGUUACUAUCUAGAAAAAUGAUUUUAUCUGAUAAUCAGACAUCUGAUAUCUGAUAAUGAUUUUAUCCGAUGACUUUAUUCAUUGUGUCAUAAACUUUGAAUCUAGAUUAUCCUUCAAGUGUGCGUCCAGCAAAAUUAUUUUUAUUUCAUAAAACCCAUUGGAGAGUCUUAGCUUUAAUUGUUCCAUGAAUCACUGGAGUCACAGGGAUUUUUGCACAUGAGGUGUCUUUGAUCUCAUUUUAGUUUAGUGUUUCCACAUGUGUUUCUGAAUAGUAAGGAGUUCCAGAGUGGUGUGUCCAAGUUCCCUAAGCAUCCCUCAGAGGGCUUAUAACUAUUUAAAUCCCAAGCCCACCUGAGAGUUAAAGUUGUGAAUUAACCAAAUCAAUCAAUAUGGUGGUUUUCAUGUUAGAGAUCAAAGAAGAUUAGGCAGAAAUUGUCAAAAAGCAAUUUCACCACUGACAAAGUUGAUCACCUUCUGACUCCUCAGAGAAAUGGGAAGUAUCCAUCACUCACAUAUAAGACCUCCUGACCGCUGAUCUGGGAUUGAUUGAUGGAUGGAUUGAUGAUUUUUAAAUUGGGCUCAAUCUGUAGGCUAACAGUUUUUCAGUUUUAGCCAUAAUCUAAGGGAAAAUGAUAUGGAUAAAAUUUUAAGAAGGGAAAUUGAAAAUAACCUAUGCUUUAAAGGCUAGAAAGUAUUUUUUUUUAAAAUUAAGGUUGAAAAUAACUUUUAAAUCUUUCUGAUCCCCCCCCCCCAAAAAAAUCUUUCUGAUCCAAGUUUAUUUUUUGUUCUUGGUUUGUCUCUCUCUCUCUCUUUUUUUUGAAGAUUUAUUUAUGUAUUUAUUUAUUUUAGAGAGAAUGAGCGUGAGCGGGGGGAGGGGCAAAGGGAGAGGGGAAGCAGACUCCCCACUGAGAGGGGAGCCUUACAUGGGGACUCGAUCUCAAGACCCUGAGAUCACCACCUGAGCCGAAACCAAGAGUUGGAUGCUUAACCGCCUGAGCCACUCAGGCACGCCCCCUGGUUUGUGUCUCUUAAGCAAAAAAUUGUAUGACUAUUUUUAUAAAUCGUGUAUCAGGUAGCUUUGUUCAGCCCCUCAAAUACUUUUUGAAGUAAGCAAGUCAUAAAUGAAUAAUUAACUAUAAUAAUAACCAUAAAACUAUAUAUAAUAAGAAACAAAUUCUAACAAUAAUAAAUGAAUUAAUGGUUUUCUUAAAAAGCUCUGGAAUAUAUAGUCUUUACUCAACACUCAACAUUCAGAAAAAUGGCCACUUGCUGCCAUUUGAGGAAGUGUUUUCAGGGCCUUCCUAGGGCCAGACUUCGCUCAACACACACUUUGUAAAGGUCAUGUCACCAUUUGCUGUGCUGGGCACAGAGGGUAAUAGAGACAAGGGAGGCAUGCUGUGCCCUGGAGCAGUGAGAACUGGUCUCUGAUGAGCACAGCUGUUCCCAUAAGAUUUAUGAAACAAACUAACAGAGGUCUUGUUUGGGUAUCUUUCUAGGUAUAAGAAAAAACUUAAGAUAAAAAAGAAAAUACCACUGAACACCAUGUGGACUGCCAACUGUAUGGACAGAGUGGAGGAUGCCAACAUCUGUGCUGGGAGGUCCUUUAUCCUGGGCUGGCCCACGGUGACCUUUGUGGCCACCUUCGGUUCUUCGGAACAAAAGGAAAAAUGGCAUUCUUUCCUUCAAAGGUACAUCAAUCUGGCCAAAGAGAAGGACCAGCCCAAAAGCAUUCCUCUCAGAAUCUUCACUGAGGACAUCAAGAACUGUGCCUGUUCUGUAACUGUAACAGUAACAAAUUCAGACACAGUGAAUGACAUUAUCAACAUGUCACUACCAAUGCUAGGAAUAACUGGCUCUGAGAAAGACUACCAGCUGUGGGUGAGUGCUGGCAAGGAAGCGUCCCCACACCCACUCACUGGACAUAAACAUCCCUAUGGAAUUAAAAUGAGCCAUCUUCCAUCUACCACACUGCUGCCGCAGACACCAGAGGACUCCAUCUCUCCUUCCACCCUCCAGGAGUCCCUCCUUCUGGAGCAGGGGUUCGCAGAGAUGCAAGGCCGGUUCAUCCUGAAGCCCAGGCACCCGGCGCAGAAUGAGCAAGGGAGAGAUUACAGGCAGAAGACAGUUAAAAGCGGUUUUUUCAGAGACUGGGCCUGUUGUCUGGGCUCCAGCACUAGCCAGGACAGCCAGUGCACAACCCCACCUUCUUCAAAGCCAGGACAGCUCUUUGGAGUUUCCCUCAUGGAUGUGUGUAAUAAAGACAACUUGCCCUUCCCAAUCCUGGAUAUGCUUUCCCUUAUUAAUCAAAAAGGGUCCCUCACAGAAUGCAUCUUCAGCAAAUCACCCAAUAUAAAAUCAACCAGGGUCCUAAAGGAGAAACUAAAUUCUGGGGUCAAAGUGGACCUGUACAGCGAAUCUGUUCAUGUGGUCGCAUCCGUCUUAAAGUAUUUCCUAAGAAAUAUCCCAGGAUGUAUAUUUUUGUCUGAUCUCUAUGACAAAUGGCUCGGUGUUAUUGAUCAAGGGAACGAAGAGGAGAAGAUGACUGCAGCGCGGAGGUAACGAUGCAAUAAUUACUCUACUCUGGUCACAUCUCCAAAAUACACCCAACAUACU